GUUAGUGCGUAUUAAUGUGCAUUAUUUUACAGUGAGUGAAAGGGACGGGGCAGGUAGCUGUCUGUCUGUCCUGUUCCCUAACCGGAGACCGAGAUCAGCGGCUGAUGCGAUCUGAGAUCUGCUGACACUGUUGCUGAGCUGUGCGCAGGAAACGCCGCUACGAAACACAGGCCUGCCAAUGAAUGAAUGAACGAAUGAAAUAAGCGCGUCGCGAUGCUUUAUUGUUUUGUUCCGCGGUCCUUGCUAUCAUAGCAAAGAGUGUGCUCUUUUGUUUGUCGCGGACGCUCUCCGCACUUGCCCGUAGUUCGCGAAAGUGUCAUGAAACAACGUAAAUGGAGACAUUUUGACAACGAUAGCUCUAGUGUUUCCGGUAUAACGGGAACGCAUGGCUGAAUCCUAUUGAAGUGUUUGACAACAGCGCGAAAGAGGCGGGAUUUAAUGAUCUUUGCUAAUUGCUGAUGGAGUAGGCUACACGUUCAUCACACUGCAAACAUGCAGGAAGAAACAGCUGUAUCAUGUUUUCAUGCGGGCUUCGGACUGGAGGCCUGUUUUCCAGCAUGACUGCCCUCAGGCAGAGGAAGGGCAGUAAAGGGAAGGACCCGGGGCCCAGUGUUCAGAACCUGAAGCCUGAUUGUACAGCUGAACCUAGAGAGAGGUUUACAACAGGUGGUUUCUCAUGGUGGACAAUCUUGUGUGUAAUGGCAGGCUCAGUAGUGGGAAUUAGUCUGGGCUUGCUGUGCUGCAUCUAUGUGGCUACACUUCAUGAAAAUGACCUCUGGUUCUCCAAUAUGAAGGAAGUCGAGCGUGAAAUCUCCUUCCGGACAGAAUGUGGCCUUUAUUACUCCUACUACAAACAGAUGUUGAAGGCGCCUUCUAUACAGCAAGGUCUUUAUGAGCUUAUUCAUGACAACACUACUGAAUCAAAGAGAACAAUAAACAUCCUACAGCGUAUGAAUAUCUACCAAGAAGUGUUCCUUAGCAUUUUGUACAGAAUACUUCCCAUCCAGACCUACUUGGAGCCAAUUUAUUUCUACAUCUACACCGUGUUUGCUUUGCAGGCAGUGUAUGUCAUUGCCCUCUUUAUCACUAGUUGGUUACUCAGUGACUCCUGGCUGGCUGGAGCCCUCACUGGAGUCUGGUACAUUCUCAACAGAGUGGAUACCACACGUGUGGAGUUUACCAUCUCGCUAAGGGAGAACUGGUCAAUACCUUUCUUUGCUCUUCAGGUGGCUGCCAUAACAUGCUACUUAAGGCCACAGCUAAAACCUAUUCACCAGAGGGUAGUAUUGUGGCUGGUGUUCAUCUCCACCUUCUGCUUCUGUUUGACAUGGCAAUUCAAUCAGUUUGUCCUGCUGGUGCAGGCCCUUAUAAUCUUUACUCUGGAUUGCCUGGACUUUCUCACAGCGGAACAGGUGGUUUCUCUGUACCUGAUGCAGGUGUUGAGUCUGUUAUUGGUGUGGUUACUGCAGUUCUGCAAUUCUAUGAUUCUGGGCUCCCUGGUGCUCAGCUUCAUUGUGUCUGCCCUCCUCAUCAAACACUUCCAGACGGGACUAAAGACAGGCGGCUUUGUCAUACGAGUAGGAAAACUGGCUCUUCACACGCUCCUAGUCCUCACAUUAACUUUCACCAUCAAUUAUUCAGCCAAGAAAAUACUCCAGCUGAAAUCAGACGAGCACAUCUUUAAGUUCAUAAAGGCCAAGUUUGGCUUCGGGGCAACGAGAGACUUUGAUGCCAGUCUCUAUCUGUGUGAAGAGGCUUUUGGCUUGUUGCCAUUGGAUACAUUUGAGCGGUUGGCUGGCACAGUGCUGCUCUAUCCGUAUCUGUGCACCCUCAGUGUGCUCUUCAUCUUGCUGGUGCUGGUGGCGCUCUCUAAUCUCAGCACGAAUGGGUCGGGCCAAGCUAGCAGGGAGGAAGAGGAGAGGACCUUUAUGAUGCGUCCGGACGUCGCUUAUAAUCUCUUGCACACUGUCUUCUUCGGCCUACUUGCCUUUUCCACUAUGAGGAUGAAAUAUUUGUGGACUGGCCACAUGUGUCCUUUCGCUGCCUUUGGGGUGUGUGGUAAGGAGGUGUGGUCAUUGUAUCUGAGGGUCCUUCACUGCAACACCAAAACCAUGAUGAGACUGAUCAGGUACUCUGUUCCUAUUGUAGUACUGGUGUUCCUUUAUUACAAGUUCUGGCCCAGACUGAUGGAGGAGAUUUCUGAGCUGAGAGAGUUUUAUGAUCCAGACACUGUGGAGCUAAUGGAGUGGAUCAGAUUGAAGACACCCAAACGGGCGGUGUUUGCAGGCAGCAUGCAGCUGUUGGCAGGAAUUAAGCUGUGUACGGGGAGAGUAUUGACAAACCAUCCGCACUAUGAGGACCAGGCACUGAGAGAGAGGACCAGACAGGUAUAUCAGAUCUAUGCACGUCAGUCUGCUGAGGAGGUUCAUAAAGUUCUCUGUUCGGUUGGAGCGGACUAUAUCGUACUGGAGGACAGCAUCUGCUAUGAGCGCAGGCACAGCCGUGGUUGUAGGCUGAGGGACCUGCUCGACCUGGCAAACGGACAUAUCAUGGAUGGCCCAGGUGAAAACGAGCUGGACCUCAUCCCUGCGACUCACCCACGUUUUUGUGAGGCCAUUAAGAGCGACAUGCCUCCGUAUUUAACCCUCUUCACACGAGUGUUCAAAAACAAGACAUUUCACGUGUACAAACUCAAGAAACUCAAGAAGAAAAACAAAGCUGGGAACGUUCCAUAAUGCUUAUUCCUCAACAGCAGUCGCCCACCUUCACUGGAUGAAUGAACUCCCCAUCUGGAAUGUUCAAUGAGUGUGUGAUAGUAGCAGGUGUGUGUGUGUGUGUGUGUUCGGCUGUGUGCAAGAGAGAGAUUGGAGAGAUGCCUGAUUGAGCCAGCACGCACUAGAUG